CUAUGGCACGCAAGUACCUUGGUGGUUCGGGAGAGAGGCUGACAAUAUGGAUCUCAGUUGCUGCGUCUACUGUUCUCAUUUUCUACGGAUAUGACCAAGGCGUUUUCGGCAAUGUUAUCAUCAGUGAGAACUUUCUUGAGACCUUUGGAUACCCUUCGGCCAACAUGCAGGGUGUCAUGACUUCCAUAUAUAAUAUAGGAUGCUUUAUUGGCGCUAUGUCAACAAUAUGGACUGGCGAUAUUCUGGGCCGUCCACGACAGAUUAUCUUGGGCUCCACAGUCAUUGGCAUUGGUGCAAUUAUACAGACAGCAAGCUACGGUGUUCCCCAGAUGAUGGUGGGACGUAUCGUUGCUGGCCUUGGAACAGGAAUGAAUACAGCAACGGCUGGAGUCUGGCAAGCGGAAACCAGCAAAAUGAGCAGCAGAGGGAAACUGGUCAUCAUCCAGAUGGCAAAUUGCAUCACUGGAUUCUCUAUUUCAAAUUGGCUUACUCUCGCAUUCUCUUUCGCACCCCGGGAUAUCUCCUGGCGAUUUCCCCUGGCUUUCCAGCUGUUUUUCACUUUCUGCAUUUAUGCCCUCUGUCCGUUUCUCCCUGACAGUCCGCGUCUCUUGAUACGCAAAGGCAAACAUGAAGAAGCUUUUGAAGUCCUCGCUGCACUCGAAGGCCACGGUGCGACCCCAGAUUCCGCCUCAGUCCGUACCCAGUUCAAUAUUAUCAAGGAUAUCUUGGAUCGUGAAAAUAUGAAUACGUAUACGUGGUGGCAGCUUCUCACCGGGAAAGGUCCUUCCGGUGUUCUCAGGAGGAUGAUCUUGGGCGCCUGGAUGCAAGCAAUGAACCAGAUUUCAGGCAUCAACGUGACAUCAUACUACAUGUCAUAUGUGUUCAUUCAUGCCCUAGGUAUAUCAGAGCUCUUGAGUCGCAUUCUGUCUGCAGCCGGUAGUAUCGACUACUUGGUGUUUUCAUGCUUGGCAUAUUUUGUCAUUGAACGAUAUGGUCGAAGAAAGGUGAUGAUGACCAGCGCUGGGGCAUGUUCAAUAUGUUGGAUCGUCAUUGCAAUCUCCUUGGGUCUUUCCGAGAAGGGUGGCGACAGCUACAAACUGGGUAUUGUGGCUGUUUCUUUCUUCUUUGCCUUUUUCGCCAGCUUCGGUAUGGGAGUUCUUGGGGUACCGUGGCUCUAUCCCACCGAGAUCAAUGCGCUCGAGAUGAGGACUAAAGGUGCAAGUUUGGCCAUGGCCACUAAUUGGAUAUGCAACUACGCGGUCGUUCAGGUUACACUUCCUGGUCUUCAAAACAUCGGCUGGAAGUUUUGGAUCAUCUGGGCAGUUAUUUGUGCUGCUUUCAUUCCGAUCACGUACUUUCUGUAUCCUGAGACAGCUAACAGGACACUUGAAGAUAUUGACCGGUUCUUCGAAACUUCACCUGGGUUGUUCAUUCACCGCAACAAACUGGCCGUUCAACUGCAUCGACCAGCCCAGUAUAUCGAGGCAGACGAGAGGAUCGCAAGAGCCGAGUUGGACAAUGAGAAGGUGAGAACCGAGAAUGUAGAGGACAAAACUCCCGUAUAGAAGUUUAAGUAUAGGUUGAAGUGGGUUGGUUUACUUGAAAGAAUGGUAGAAGUGUCGACCAAACAGCAGAUGUAUACAGAUACUCCUAGUCCAACUGCGACUGCCAGUUGAAGAGAAGCAAUGCUAUGACCUCGAAGAGAAAUAAAAUAGUGGUCACGAUAGAUGGGUUAUGUGUUCAUUCACGCCACCGACGCACUCGAUCUGCAUCAACGUGCCGCCGUUGAACAACACUGGUCCAUAUGCAGGACUGCAGGCUUGUAGUGCCGUGUUUCAGCCAUGAACCGCCGUUAAAGCGAGGCCCCAAACACGCCUACCUAUGGAGAACUAGAAAAGACGCUUCUUCCCCACAUUCCCACACGCAGAUGGCCUAAGAAGACCAUGCAAUUUCCAAACACGCCACGCUCGCUACCACCACAUGCACACACGGCGCACGCAGUGCCACCUCGCAACCAGUUGGAGCAUGCUAAUUCCUGCAACUUUCCAUAUGCCUUCCUGAAGUGGUAACUUGAGAGCGAAAACUGUCGAUUGCUGCGCUUGAUCCACGGUACGCAAUGGGGGUUAACGAUGCAUCUGGGGAGGGUGGCCCUGGGGGAGAGUGCAUUGGGGUGAAUGCAGUACGAUGGGUAUCCUUGCUGGCUGCGACGAUGGGGUGAUGCAUAACAAUCACACAUGAUGGGUAAAAUGGACAAUAACAAGUUUUAUACCAUAAUGGUGUUGCUAUUAAAUGCUUGCGUGUGGAGUAUCAGUUUUUCGUGAUGUGUCGCUUCUGUGUGGGGCAUUCGUGAGUUAUCCCCUACUACCUAUAAUUAGAAACCCAAGGGGGGUAAAUUAGACCUUGUGCAAUACGAGUGAACCUCGACGAUAUCCAGCAUCACUCGUAAUAUGACGCUUCAGCUCUUUUGAAGAGACUACGUUCAGGUAUGCUACUUGAAUUGUAUCUCGCUUGCUUUGGUGUUGAGCGUUAGAUCAACGCUCGAACGGUUCUACCUCCAUCUCAGCCAUCGGUCCGACUUUCAUCUCUUUCCAGAGCUUCACUAUAUCGAGAGUAUCCUGUGAGAGAAUCACUUGAUGCGUGCUUUCUGUGCCGUGAAUAGUUCUCAAUCAGAUGCUGCGCGGACAUGCGUUCGAACAAUCGGCUAAGCGAUAUUAAUCAAGCUUACCUUCCUAUGUGCGUUGAACUUACACUAUUCUUUUUCCAAUUUCUUUUCGAGUUCAGCGCGAACGGCAUCAGUGGCCUCCUAUGUGCUUGCUUUCCCUUCUAAUUCCUUGGUCAUAAUCCCUCGUCCCGUGACAGUUUUCACGGCAUCCGUCACCGUUGUAACCUCCUCUUCUCCCAAUAAUAUGAGAAGCUAAACCACGGAUAGGCUCGAACAUUGACGGAUUCUGCGGUUUUAGCGAAUGACUGAAGAAACAUACUUUCAUUGGCCGAGUGGGAAACCUUUCUAGUUGGAUCAAGAUUCGAUGUCGGAGCAAUCCUGAUGGAUUCUGCAAGAGCGGCUGCUAGAUAAGAGAGAUUGUUGGCAUGCUAUUGAAUACGUCAAUAUCACACAGCACAAGGGAACGCAGUGCCUACGUACUAAUUUCAUUGCCACAAUAGUAUCCAAGCUCUUAGGAUCUAAGACCAUUCUACAGUUCAUAGCAUCUACUAGCAGCUUUUCCGU